AUGAUUGAGCGCUCUUUGAACUCGCUGACGGAAAAGGGCAGUGGCUUUGUUGUCCAUUUGAGCGAGUUCAUUUUCGGUGGCGUGAUAGGAAAAGGUGGGUUCGGAGAAGUGAGAAAAGCGGUUCAAAUCAGCACUCAACGUUAUUGCGCAUCCAAACAGAUAUUUUCAAGCAGAAUUGAAGGUCAGAAGUUCAAAAGAUACGUAAGCGAGAUCGAAACAAUGUUAAAAUGCGAUAAUAUGUUUUUAAUCCCGUUAGUUGGAUUUACUAUUGAACCACCUUACACAAUCAUUACAGAAUACAUGCCUGGAGGCACAUUAGACAAAGCAUUACGCCCAGCAUCAAAGAAAGACCCUCUUUCGCCUACACAACUCACAAUGAUUGCAAUGGGAAUUGCGAACGGCAUGAUGGAGUUACACGCAAAUAAUAUUAUACACAGAGACCUAAAAACAGCAAAUGUCCUGUUAAAUGCGAAUAAAUUACCAGCAAUUAUCGAUUUUGGCAUAUCUCGAACAGAAUCAGCGAAUCACCAGCAAACAGCAGGAAUUGGAACUCCCCAAUACAUGGCGCCUGAACUAAUAUCAUCAACGAAGUACGACAAGAAGGUAGAUGUCUAUUCUUUCGCUAUGAUUUUAUACGAAAUGUCGGAAUUGACGAAACCAUUCAACGAAUUGAGUAUUACAGAGAUAUUUCAAAGAGUGGUCGAUCGCGGUGAUCGCCCCGACUUUUCUGACAGAACUCCAGAAAAUUUAAGAAAAUUAAUCAGAAAUUGUUGGGAUCAGGAGCCAUCGAAUCGUCCUACUUUCGAAGCGAUAUACCAGGAGUUUUGUUCAGGCCGAGUCGCGUUUCCUGGCACCGAUCCGAAGAAGAUUUCGAAGUUUGUCGAACAUAUCAAAAUUGAAUCGCAGCAAAGAGGUGAGAAACAAAGGAUUGAGGCAGGAUCGAAUGAACUAACGCACUUACUGAUCAAUUUCAUGGAGGAAACAUCACAAACUCCUGUUCUUUCCAAAGGAGAAAAAAAUCAAAUUUCAUCUGACCCUCCUUCCACUGUUUUAUCGAAUUUCCAGAGUCCCCUGUUCGAGAGGUACCUCACUUACUACUCAGAGACAAUCGAAUCCGCUCAGUUUUUCGAUUUUUACACUCCUCUUUCAAAAAAUUUUUCGAAAAAAAAUUUGACACCUGAAAAAAUUUCAUCUAUUGCUAAAUCAUGCAAUUUAUUGAUGAAGAGGAACUCUAAUUUUGCCAAACUAUUCUUAGACGCUAAGUACUUUGAGGACAUCCCUCUAAAAGAAGGUUCUGUUGAUGAUGUUAUUUCAUCUUUCACAAUUUUGAUGACAGAGUACCCUGAUAUUGUCAACAACACAAUAACAGCCAAGGUCACGGAACUCUGCAAGCUCAGACCAGAGAAAAUGAUUGUAAUUAUCUCAUUCUUUUUGAAAUGUGAGAAAAAAGGCGACAUUUUCUUUAUCAUUCAUGUUCUGAUCAAUAUAUCGGAGUUCAUGUUCACGAACAACUGCGGCUAUCUCUAUCUGAGCCUUCUUAUGAACGUUGCGACAUCAAAUUUGGAUGUUUCACAGAAAGAUGCGGAGAAAAUCAAAAAGAUUCUUCUGAAAAUGAUGGAAAGCCCAAUACCAAGGACAAGAGCAUGCGCAUACGUCGCAAUUUCGAAGUUACUCGAAGAUAUCCAAAUUGAAUAUAAUAAGUUGUUUUUAGAUGAUCUAAAUAACGAAAUAACGAGAGAUGCAUGCUUGGCAUUGAUCGCCAGACUGACUCCGAACCCUCCUCCCACUGAUUUAUACAAUAAUUUGCUGAAUUGUUUGGAAUACAGUCCGAGAAGUUGGAUUUACUUCUUAAGGAUUGCGGAAACAAAAAUGGGAUCAUCAUUUCUCGCGAAGAGAACAGAAUGGUCCAAAUUCGUUGAGAAAUUGCCGACAGAAGUUUGUCGACUUUUUCUGGUUUUGCUGAGCCAAGAAAACGCAAGAGAGACAAUCCUGGAACAAAAUGACUGUGUGCUGAGUAUUUUGUCUCAUGUCCUAGACGUUCCCGGUGAUGACGCAUUCGACGCAAUUUCAAUAAUUAUCCCGGUUUGGACAAAAAAUAAACAAAAAGUGACACAAAUUUCGAAUUUGAAAAUUUUGCAUCGAUUUUUCGGUGCUGCAUUGAGCGGAUCGUUCAGAGCGAAGAGAUGUGCACUGGCAGUGGCUGAGGCAGUAGGAAAGCUUUGUUUCACUGAAGAAUUGGUCACUGUUGCGAAAUCUAUUGAAUCUGCACUUCAAGAGAGAGAAUUGGCUGGAAUUGCGAUACAGGUGACAUCUACAUUGUCUCAGUACAGUCAGUGCAAAGCUCUGUUUCAUAAUGAAGAACUUAUUAAAUUUUUCAAGAAUCUUUUGUCUUAUCCUGCUUAUGAACAUUAUGCAAAGAUAUUCCUGUCUAAUAUGGAAAAGAAAUAA